UUUAUUGAGGAUAUGUUGAGUUUACUUGUGGUGCUGGCCCUCUUCGGAGCUUCUCAUGGCUGCAGUGGAGACAGUUUCACAGUGACAUCCUACACAACCACUAACCUACCUCUGGCCACAGAAACUGCUAUUCUUGUUGAGUUCUCUGCUGAUUGUCCUGACUCUAAACUUUCUGUUGUUAUUGGUGGUGAGGUAUUGCCAGUAUACGCUACUAAUGAUGGUCACAUGGUUACUUUGGUGAAGGAGCACUCUGCUUUACCUGCUAGUUCAUACAGCGUUGACUUUUACGACGAAGCUGGUAUUGCAGCCUACAAGAAUCACGUUAAAGAUAGCGAUGUUGCCGCUCCUACCCCUGUCCACUCCGCGUCCGUAAACCAUCCCGGUGUCUCUAAAGAAGGACUACCCAUUCAGACUGAAUUCAUCGUAAUGGUUGCUUCACUCCUCGUUUGGUGGGGAGCUAACAGCAUCAAAGCUAAAAUCUCGGAAUAAACUUAUUUAAUAACUUCGCAUUUCAGUGAUAUCGUUUGCUCCUAUUUCAUAAAGACAAUGCCUUUGUACAGUGUAACAUAUGUGGACGGAAGUUCGCCUUGUUUGUUAGCAGCUCGAAGAAGGCCUUUUAUUUAACGUUUAAUGAACUUGGGUUGACAUUAUCAAAUUAUUUGUACGUUGUUGUAGUGUUUUAAGGUAUGAUGGAUGGUUUUUACGACAUUUAGUUAGCUUCAUUUGUCUAAUUUGAUUGUUAUUUAAACUCAAUGUUCCCAGAAUGAAUUCAAUGAUUACAAAUUAGUACCAUAUUUUGUUACGUCUGUCUAACAAGUUUAUCUCUUUAGCCAGUAUGUUCUGGAAAGUCCUUUUGAUCGCUUCUCUGUGUCUGACAGCUCAGAUCACGAGAUGUCAGGAGGAGGAUGAGAUAAUGGAUUCAGACGAGGAAGACGAGGAGGAACUGUUAGACGCUGAACCCCUGGACGAUGGAAGCCCUCUUGAUGAUGGAGAGCCUAUAGAACACGAACCGGUAGUUGAAGAAGCAGAGGACUUUGUGAUUAAACCAUCUCCAGAUGCCAAAGUGUUCUACGCUUUCCCAAAACACGCUGAUGAAACCAUGUUCCCAGGAGGUAAAGUUGUGAAAGCUCUCAUCGGUUUCCAGAACAACGGUGACUCCCCCUUUAUCAUUGAUAACGUCGAGGGUGGGUUCCGAUACCCCAUGGACUACAACUAUGUGAUCCAGAACUUCACAUCCUUCCGUUAUGGCAGAGAAGUCGCUCCCGGAGUUACCCAAACUUUCCUGUAUAUGUUCGUGCCUAGUGAACAGCUGGCCGGAGGUUCCAGAACUUUCUCCCUUGUGAUGAGUCUGAAUUACCGUGGAGAGGACGGCACUCUCUACACUGACUCCCCUUUCAACGAGACCGUCUCAGUUCACGAGGUUGACGAAGGAUUUGAUACCGAGAUCUUUUUCAUGUAUGUUUUGCUUGCCGCUCUUUUUGCUUUACUUCUGUUUGGCGCCCAGUACCUGUUUUCUUCUGCUUUUGGGGGUCGUAAGUCGUCGCGGAAAACAAUCGAGACUGGAACAAGCGGAGGAAUCGACUACGACUACAUCCCUAAAGAUCACCUCACCGCCAAAAAAGCUAAGGCCACUAAACGGGACUAGAUCCAAAAAUUAUUUUAAUAUUUGUAAUAUCAAAACGUUACUCAAAAUUUGCCGUCGUGUUUUUAACAUAAGUUUUAAAGGUUGCCAAUUCGUCCUUUAUUGUAGCGUUUGGAUGUUUUUUCUAGAUCCAUCUUUUCAGUUCAAUAAACUGUUGCGUUUCGGCACGGCUUUUUAGUAGUGGGGCUCAGCUUGAUCAUUGAGUUGGUGAUUUCUUAUGAAAUUUUACGGGUAUUAUUGUAAGUUGUAUUAAAGAUAUUUAUAAUGUUGACGCUUGUGAUCCAGAACUUAAUAACACUGAUAAUAGCUCGAGAGAAAUUCUUGUUGGCUGUUUUGUGUAAUUUUGAUAUAAAGUAUUGUUGAACUUAUGGUUUUAAUUUA